UCAAUAAAUAAAUAAAGUUUCGUGCAUUAACCCGUAAAAACUAGUUUUAUUUAAUGAGUGAUGUGCGUGAAAACCUAAGAAACAAAUUGUGGUUUAUAUGUUUUUUUUCUUUCUCUAAGGUUUUUAUUUAGUAAUAUUCAUUUUUUUUUUGAUAAUGGGUUGCAGAAUAGCAAUUGCUCCAUUUAUAGAUAAAUCAAUAAUACGUGUUACCACGUGCAUCACUCUCAGUGUAGUGUGUCACUAGUUGGUGAUUUCAUUAAAAUUGUUCAAUGUUGUGUUUUACGCUUAAAAAUGAAGUGUAUGCAAAUUUUAAUAAUAUGUGUUUCGAUAUAUAUGGCGCUAGGAGAAAUUAAUUUAUUCGGAGUAAACGUUCCAUUCACAGAUUGGUUACAACCUGGUUACCCUACACCAAGUGGCAGAAGCCGUAGUACCAGCACCAACAAGAGAAUUGGUAAAAUCCUACUACUUUACAUGGAGGGCGGCUCAAAUUACAGAACAAAAGGCAAAUGUAGCGCACGGAACACGCAAUGAGUGGCAUCAUAGCAAAUAACCGUUUCAAUUAACCACUAAUAAAGAAAUAUUUUUUAUAACAUUGGUCAUACCAAUAUAUUAGUUUUACAUAAAUUAGAACCUAUUAGAGAUACGCGGAAAAAUAUACAAAAACAAUGUUUAUCUAUGAAUCAAUGAAAAUAUUUUGUAGGGGAGAGUGGGGUAAUUGCGGACGCGGUAAAUACGGACUAGCAAGUUUCUACUCAUUCCCUCCACCCGCGGCAGCCCGGUGCUGUCGUCUGUUUCUUUCCGCUAUUUUAAUGCCACGCAAAAACUUACGACAGCCGGCUGCGCACAGUUUGAAAGGAAAACCAUGCAAGUCGCGUCAGAUUCCAGGCCAGUCUGUGGUGUGCGUGUGCAACGUCACCUACUGCGACGAGCUGGUUAGAGUGGCGCCGGCGCAGGGCAAGUACGUCACGUAUACAACUUCAGAGGCUGGCUCUAGGUUUGUGAGAGUGACCCGUGAUCUUCGGAAUAAGGACUAUUAUGAAAGCAACGUAUUGGAGUUAGUCCUUAACCCACGCCAGAAGUAUCAGAAAGUGGAAGGGUUCGGGGGUGCUGUCACCGACGCCGCCUCCAUCAAUUGGUUGAACCUCACAGACUCCCGGCUGAAGAAAUCAUUAAUUGACACAUACUUCAGCAAGUUGGGGUUGGAGUAUAACAUGUUGCGCGUGCCCAUCGGAGGGUGCGACUUCUCCACCCACCCUUACGCCUACAACGAGUUUCCAGCCGAUGAUGUCUCCCUCAGCAACUUCUCUCUGGCGUAUGAAGAUUAUCAAUACAAGAUCCCAAUGAUCAAAGAGAUAAUGAAGGCUGCCGUCGCGCCUGUACACAUAGUGUCCAGCACCUGGUCGCCACCCCUCUGGAUGAAGAAUAAGCCGGUGUGGGGCGGUAAGAACAAACUCAAGCCGGAGUACUACCAGACGUACGCUGACUAUCAUAUCAAAUUUCUAGAAGCGUACCAAGCGAAUGGAAUACCGAUUUGGGGUAUCACCACAACAAAUGAACCGAAUGAUGGCUUUUUGGGUUUAGCCCCAUUCAACACUCUUGGCUGGUCCCCGUUGAAUCAGCCUAUAUGGAUAUCGGAAAACUUGGGUCCUACAGUAAGGAAUUCCUCAUUUUUCGAUUUAAAGAUUCUCGCACUUGAUGAUCAAAGAGCCAGUAUACCGUGGUUAUUGGCGAUGCUGUAUAUAUCACCAGAAAUGGUUGAAUACAUCGACGGUGUGGCAGUGCACUUUUAUGCAGAUAAAAUAAUCCCACCGGAGUUUCUAUCUUUUAUGAGUGACAAAUACCCCGAUAAAUUUCUGUUGUCCACAGAAGCCUGUGAAGGUAGUUUCGGGCCUAUAAAGGUUUUGCUGGGAUCUUGGAAUAGGGCUAAAAGUUAUAUUACUGAUAUCAUGCAGGAUCUGAAUUACAACGUGGUUGGCUGGAUAGACUGGAACCUCUGCCUCAACGUCCAAGGAGGUCCGAACUGGGUGGAAAACUUCGUGGAUUCUCCGAUCAUAGUGUUCCCUGAGAACAAGGAGUUUGUGAAGCAGCCAAUGUUCUACGCUCUGGGGCACUUCUCGAAGUUCUUGCCGAGGGGUUCACAGCGAAUUAAAGUCAAUCAAAGGACACCGCCUCGAUCGUCGCCAGUGGAUAACGUGGCAUUUUUGACUCCACGAAAUACUGUGGUUGUCGUUUUGUAUAAUGAUGGCGGGCCGAAAAGAGUUAUCAUUCAAAUCGGUCAGAAGAAGGCAAUCGUGCCAAUGGAAGCUAGAUCCGUGGUCACCGUCGAGAUGGCUCUUAAACAAAACUAACAGACCGACUACUCACUCAUUCGUUCACUUCGAUACGCUGAAAUUAAACAUGACAAUGCAAAAUGUGUUU